ACAUUUCAGAUAGCAUUCGCCGGCACCAUAUGCAAUUCACUGGUAGCGCUCUUAACUCGCAACGUAAAGUCACUCAACAAUCCAUUUGGACGACUGACAGCCAGCCAAGCUGUCGGAGAAGCAAUAUUUUGUGCUUUGUUCGCAUUCUACUAUGUGCCCAUGGUCGCAUUUGACAUCACAGCCAUGAAAGAAUUCUCCCAUUACGUCGGCGUUACUCUUCUGAUCUGCUAUGACAUCUGCAUCUUCUCCCACCUGGUUAUCGCUUUCAAUCGGAUGUUCGCCAUUUUCUUCCCGCUUUCUUACUCUGCUCAUUUCAGUGAUCGCAACACCACUGCUCUCAUCGUCAUUACAUGGACCCUAUCCAUCACAGCACCAAUUUUACUACAUGGAAGAAGGAUCUGCUCGUUUUCAUACUCGGAUCCCAUCUACACGUUCUCCUUCACCUCCAACAAG